AUGGGCUUGGAGGGCGGGGUCGGCAUUGGCCGCAUAAGCAGGCGGCCGUCGCAGCAAUGCUUGGACACCACGGAGAAGGCCGCCCAACGCGCAGAAGCAGAGGGUACGGUGGAGCAGGACGCAAAGCCAUGGAUCGCGAGGAAGAAGGUCACAACGCUCGCGAUUUGCCUCGUCGUGCUGCCGGUCCUGAUGACCACGGUUAGCCGGCGGGUCGACGCGCCGUGGACGCGCGCGUCCUUUUGGACAUUGGCGAGUACAUCCACACGGCAAGAAUCCAAUACGGACAGGCUCCUCGGCGGCCUGCUCGUCCCGGAGUUCGACGAGUGGUCGUGCCAGAGCCGGUACCAGUCCGCCGUCUACCGCAAGAACGUAUCGCGGUCGCCGUCCGCGCACCUCAUCAAGCGGCUGCGGGAGCAGGAGGCGCUGCAACGGCGGUGCGGCCCGGGCACCGAGGCGUACAGAGCAGCGACUGCGCGGCUAAGGUCCCGGCACCGAAUUGGCGCGAACGACACCAUGGGGGGCUGCAAAUACCUCGUGCUGGUGCCGUACAGGGGCCUCGGGAACAGGAUACUCGCCGUGGCGUCGGCGUUCCUCUACGCCAUGCUCACCGACAGGGUGCUGCUCCUCGACAGGGCGACCUCGUUGACUGACCUCGUCUGCGAGCCGUUCCCAGGGACGUCGUGGCUUCUGCCGCCACACUUACCCAUCAAGAACCUUCAGAACUUGACCGGCGAUGUGCGGGAGAGCUACAGGCAUUUAGUGCAGAACGACGGCGACGGCGAGGCGUUGGUGUCCAAACUCCGUUAUGUCUUCGUGGACCUCGACCAUUCUUGCACCUACCAUGACAAGCUAUUCUACUGCGACGACGAGCGGCGGUUCCUCCACCGCGCGCCGUGGCUGGUGAUGAGGACGGACGGGUACUUCGUGCCGGCGCUUUUCCUGAACCCCGCGUACCAAGAGGAGCUCGACCGGAUGUUCCCAAGGAAAGACGCGGUGUUCUACCUCAUGACGCAUUAUCUGUUCCACCCGACGAACAAAGUGUGGGGAUUGAUCACGAGGUUCUACAAUUCGUACCUGAGAAAUUCAGACGAACGAUUGGGAAUCCAAGUCAGGGUGUUCGACGGGGACAGUCCGUACAGGCACGUCUUGGAUCAGAUUCUUGCCUGCACAUCGCAAGAACAUUUGCUCCCUGAAGUGGUGCUUCAAGAACCGAUGCUCCCUCCUCCGUCGACGGCCGGCGCCCGAUCGAAAGCCGGGUACGUCGGCCACGGGCUUGGCGGGCUCACGCCGUGGAUCAUGUUCAAGCCCGAGAACCUCAGCACGCCCAACCCGCCGUGCCGGCGGGCGAAGUCGAUGGAACCGUGCAUGCAUGGGCCGCCGUUCUACGACUGUAGGGCGAAGCACGGUGCGGAUACUGGGAAGCUGGUACCCCAUGUCCGGCACUGUGAAGACAUGGGCUGGGGGCUGAAACUUGUUCACCCCGAAUGA